AGGCUGCGCUGGAGUUUAACAGAGAGAGACUCCAAAGUCCAAACCAAUGCAAUGAAUGAACGACAAAUUGCACUUAAAAAUGCAGCAAGCAACAACAACUACGAAUAAUUGACUACUCAUUUCUCGGUCAACUCCCAGUUUCACCUAUUAUUACCUACAAAUCAUUUUAGUAGCAUUACUGUAGUUAUUAGUUUUAAUAAAGAUAACACUCUCCAACAAAACGUUGUUUCUUGUUUUCUUCCUUUUGUUUUUUUCCCUCAAUUUUUUUCACACUUUCAACAGCUGCCACCACCUCUUUUGCACCCCCUCUUCUCCUUUCCCAUCUUUGCUCCAUGUCCCAUGAUUCAAGAUUCAUGGAGGAAUCCGAAGUUUUGAUUUUUCGAAGUUGGGUUGGAUUUUCUUGAAUUUUUUCUACACCAAGUUUGAAGACUGGGAGUUUUCUGCCCCCACCAAGUUUUGUUUUUGAGAAUUGUCUUUUUGAGUGUUCUAUGGCCGGAAACUGGGACUCGAGUUACGAGCAGGGCAGUCAGUCGGACGACAGCCACCAUUUUGACAGAUUACAUCUAGAACCGAUUUACGACGCAUUCAUAUGCCCCUUGACGAAGCAGGUGAUGCGGGAUCCUGUGACCUUGGAGAACGGGCAGACAUUCGAGAGAGAGGCCAUCGAGAAGUGGUUCAGGGAGUGCAGGGAGAAAGGGAGGAAGCUGGUGUGCCCGUUAACAUUGAGAGAGUUGAAAAGUACAGAACUGAAUCCGAGCAUAGCAUUGAGGAAUACGAUUGAGGAAUGGAACGCGAGGAACGAGGCAGCUCAGAUCGAUAUGGCUCGUAGAUCCUUAUCCCUGUCAACCCCGGAGAGUGAUAUCAUACAGGCUUUGAAGUUCGUCCAGGACCUCUGCCUGAAAAGCCACUCGAACAAGCAUGUGAUCCGCCACGCAGAGCUUAUACCAAUGAUUGUCGACGUGCUGAAAAGCAGCAGUCGAAGGGUCCGGUGCAAAGCACUGGAAACCAUUCGGAUUGUGGUGGAGGACGACUCUGAUAAUAAGGAUAUAAUGUCGGAAGGCGACACUGUCCGAACGGUGGUGAAGUUCCUAUCGCACGAGCAGUCGAAAGAGAGAGAAGAAGCCGUCGCUUUGCUGUAUGAGCUCUCUAAAUCAGAGAGACUGUGUGAGAAGAUUGGGUCAGUUAAUGGAGCUAUUCUCAUUUUAGUAGGGAUGGCUAGCAGCAACUCGGAAAACGUCUUGACCGUCGAGAAGGCCGAUCGAACGCUGGAUAACCUCGCUCGAUGUGAGAACAACGUACGACAGAUGGCCGAAUGCGGCAGAUUACAGCCACUUCUGCACCUGCUACUCGAAGGAUCCGCGGAGACUAAGCUGUCGAUGGCAUCAUUGCUUGGUGAGUUGGUGCUGAACAAUGACGUGAAGGUCUUCGUGGCGAGGACUGCUGGCUUCUCGCUGAUCAAUCUCAUGAAGAGCAACGACAUGCAGUCGAGGGAGGCCGCGUUGAAGGCUUUGAACCAGAUCUCGUCGGAUGAUUCGAGCGCAAAGGUCCUGAUAGAGGCGGAUAUCCUUCCGCCCCUCAUCAAGGAUCUCUUCACCGUCGGGACCAAGCAGCUGCCGAUGCGGCUGAAGGAGGUCUCAGCGACGAUUCUUUCGAAUGUGGUGAACUCAGGUUACGAUUUUGACUCGAUCGAGGUUGGGCCGAACCACCAGGUCCUCGUGUCGGAGGAGAUCAUCCAUAACCUGCUGCAUCUCAUCAGCAACACCGGCCCUGCGAUCGGGUGCAAGCUUCUCCAAGUUCUCGUCGGGCUCACUGGCUCUCCUUCCACUGUCUACAGCGUCGUCUCCGCCAUUAAAAGCUCCGGUGCACUCAUCAGCUUGGUGCAGUUCGUCGAGGCGCCACAGAGGGAUCUGAGGCUUGCGUCGAUAAAGCUUCUCCAGAACCUCUCGCCUCACAUGGGGCAGGAGCUGGCCGACUGCUUGCGUGGCGCGUCUGGCCAGCUCGGCAGCCUGAUCAGGGUGGCAUCGGAGAAUGUAGGGAUAACCGAGGAGCAGGCAGCUGCUGUCGGGCUGUUAGCCGAUCUCCCAGAGAGGGAUGCCGGCCUGACGAGACAGAUGCUGGACGAAGGUGCGUUUGAGCUCUUCAUCUCGAGGAUAACCAGUAUCCGGCAAGGUGAGACACGAGGGAGCCGGUUCAUGACUCCGUAUCUCGAAGGGCUCGUCAAGGUUCUAUCGAGGAUCACGUUCACCUUGUCGGAGGAGUCCGGUGCCGCUUGUGCACUCUGCCGCCAGUAUAACCUUGCUGCCCUCUUCAUCGACCUCCUACAAGCAAACGGACUUGACAACGUGCAGAUGGUGUCAGCCAUGGCCUUGGAAAACCUAUCUCAAGAAUCCAAGAACUUGACCAAGUUGCCGGAGUUCGCCCCUCCCGGCUUCUGCGGCUCAAUCUUCCCGUGUCUGAGCAAGCCCCCGAUCAUCACCGGGCUCUGCAAGGUCCACCGCGGCACGUGCUCGUUGAGAGAGACGUUCUGCGUCUUGGAAGGGCAGGCCGUGGACAAGCUGGUCGCGCUCCUCGACCACACCAAGGAGAAUGUGGUGGAAGCCUCGCUCGCAGCUCUGUGCACGUUGUUGGACGAUGGGGUGGACAUAGACGAGGGGGUCCAGGCGUUGCUGGACGCGGAAGGGGUGAAGCCGAUACUCGAUGUGCUGCUGGAGAAGCGGACGGACAGCCUGAGACGGAGGGCCGUCUGGGCCGCGGAGAGGCUUCUGAGGAACGAGGAUAUCGCCUACGAAGUCUCGGGCAACCCCAACGUCAGCACGGCCCUUGUCGAUGCGUUCCAACACGGAGACUACCGCACAAGGCAGGUCGCCGAGCGCGCGUUGAAACACGUCGACAAGAUCCCAAACUUCUCCGGUAUCUUUGCAAACAUGUCAUGAUGAUGCAAUUUGGAAGUAAAUGUAGUUUGUGAAGAAGUAUUAGGUGCAGGUACAUAAGCUUAUUUUUCUUUUUUCUUUGUAUUGAUUGAACAUUUUUCCUUCUCUUUUUUCUUCUCAUUUUUGGAGUGUAUCUAUGUUUAUGGAAAUAAUUCCUUGUUUGUAUUUUGUUUACAAGUCCUAAUAUAAAGAUUCUGCACUGUUUUCACAA